AGUGACCAGGGUCAAGGUAUCGUUAAAAGCAGAAGCUGACUGGACGGCUGCCACUUUAUCUUAUAAAGAGCAAACAGACACUUGGAGCUUGCAGUGGGCAGCCAGCAGUUUCCAGCUCCUGCCGAUCCACGAUGAAGCUUUGGACCACAGGAGCUCUGCUGGUUGUGCUGCUGCUGAGCUGCAGCGCUCCAUCUUCAGCUCAAGAAUGCAACCUACCAGCAAAGAUGCAGCGAGAGGAUUUGCGCAAAUUGUCAGAGGUGCGGUGGGUUCUGGUGGAGAGUUUUGCAGACUAUCCAGCUGGUUUGGAGCUGAUGAAGAACGCUAACAGCUCCAUUGUGGAGAUGCAGCUAAAGGACAACAACGACAGCUUCCUGUUCAUUGAGCGAAACGUUGUAGCUGGAAAAUGUCUCGUCUUCCGUGUGAACUUUUCAAUCCCAGAUGAGGGAACCUCCAACCAUACCCUCGUUCUAGAUGGUGCAGGAGUGCAGGAGCUUGAUGGUGUGGUGACUCCGUAUGAUGACCAGGGUCGAGUAAAUAUCCACCAGUCUUGCCCAACCUGCCUGCUUAUUGUCUACCAUGGGGUGUUCGAGGGAACACCGGGCAGGAUACUGCUCAUUUACAGAAGUGAAGGGAAACACCUGGACGCUGAGGAGCUGAAAGCCGCUGAAAGCGAGCACAGGAGGAUGGCAGAGUGUCUGAAGUUCAACGUUGAGACAAGUUUCCGCUAUGAUGGGAAGGCAGAUUUUUGUCUGGAAAAGAAGGAAGAAACGGAGAAAGCCUGACAACAUGUGGGUUUAUGUUAGUACAGAUGCAUUUGAUCUGUUGACCACAUGAUUAAAGUCCUUUCCUUCAA